AAACAAGAAAUUAAAUAGUGCUAAAAUUGUGGAUAAGGUUUAGCCAGCGACCCAUACAAUCCAACACCAACAAAAUAACAACACAAAGAACAAAGAAUCUAACGGAAUUUGAGUAAAUCCCUUCUUCAUUUCUGGGCCGAUUCAAGCUAUGGAGGUAGGAAUGUCUUUGAAUCCUCUGUUGAGGCUGCCCUUAUCAAGAUCAAAUGAAGACUUACUGAUCAGGCACUCGCUUUUCUCGACUAAUAUUAAAACAACAGCUGCCCAGAAGCUACACCGGCAAAAGCAGCAUAAAUCGAUGGUGGUUGAAGCAAAAGGUAAGAAAGGAAUGGCGGCCCGGCAAUACCAGCGGGCCCAACCUCCUCCACUGCCCAAGCUUGAAGAUGAUGGCAACCCAAAGUUUGUAAUCUUCAUUCGCAUGGCUAAUGUCUAUCUUUGGUACCCACUUAAUAUCGUUACAGGUGGCACAACCGCCAAAAUCAUGGUUGCUGCAAAGGACAAUUUUCUUGGGAAAUAUAUUUACAAAGACACUCUGGCUAGAAAUCUUGCAGCAGUUAUAUAUAGAGACGAAAAGGAAAUACAGAAGAUUGCCAUGAAACAGUUUCGUGUGCUGCGGUCGGCAAGAGAAUUUCGAUACGGCUACAAACUUGUUGAAAACAACAAUUUGAGGUCUGCACUGGCCGCAAACGAUGUAAUUGAGCUUCCAACUCCGGAUGAACUCAAGACUGUUGUGGAUAAGGUGAAGGAUUUUUUUGGAGAUGCAAAAGAAUCGUUUGGGAAGAUGACAUUCCUGAAUACGGGAGCUGAAUCAUCAGAGGAAAAUGCUGAAGAAGAUUCUAAAGAAAAACUGAGUGAGUUGAACAAAUGUAUAUAAAUGAUCUUCAUCAGUCAAUCUUGUUGAUAUGUCACUUCAUCCUUUUGAGCUCACUAGAUGCAUAAUUUCUCAUCAGCGUGAAAAGCUAAAAUGGGCCUACUACUUACUGAAGGAUGAAAUCCGAAGAAAGAUAAACGUUGUUUGCUCUCAAUGUCGAAAAAUUGCAUUCAGUUUGUACACGAAAUAUUUGACGGUGAUAGUUGUUCAUAGUUUUGUUUACCGUUACACGAUGAUUUCAUUUUUUUGUCUCGUUUAUGUAACAUUUAGCCAUAAUACUAUUCCGCGUAGAUUUCUGUUAUAUUAUUGUGUCAGAGUUUAUGUGAAGAUGAGAGUUCUAUGUGAAGACGAGUUCUGUUCUUUUACCUAGACAAAGAAUACAUGCGAACUUAAAUAGUUUGUCCUCACCUGGAUGAUGUUACGAAGGUGUUUCUAUUUAACAUUUACGGUGUAUAUUAAUCUG